AACUAUUUGUUUCUUCAUAUCUAUUUAGUACAGUGUAUUUGUUUUUCACUUUGAUAGAAUCAUUCGAUCGAAUUGUUAUAACAAGUCCCAACAUCUCUAUCGUCAUAGUGUGUGUCGUCUUGACCGUUCCCCCUACCUCCUUCCUUGUGAUCCUUUCCUUCCCCGCUCAUCAGUUCGUCUGCUCCAUCUUGGUUCUCUGGCUGGCUCCCCUGCCCCCAUGUCUCCAAGUAAUUAGCGCCGUCAAAAAUAUACUACGCGAUAAUUAUAAUCGAAGCAUCAGUUGUUGACAAGAGCACAAAAAGCGACACAAGGGAGACUUCUGGCAGUUUGGGAGGACCAUGAGCAACCAAAAAAAGGCAACAAAAAUCGAUUUGGACUCUGAGGAAUUUUAUGUCCUUCAGGCUGUGCAAGCGCGCUCCUCAGAUGCUAGAAAACGAGAGGCGGAGCUCCAAAAGCUGGAGCAAUAUGAGCAGGACAACCAGAGGGUCCAACAACAAGCAGCAGCUACUGCUGAACAAGAGAAAGCGCAGCAGGAAGCUAGGGCAGGCCGGCAAGCAGAUUCUACCAGCAGCCGUGUCCAGAAUGGGAAAAGCAGAAGUACCACCAAGAACAGCAGCACAAGUACCGGUACUGGGCACACCAGUGAAGAAUAUCUGAAUAUUGAUGAAAUUGCCAAACUAGCCGAAGCCCGGCAGAGCCUCCAGCCUCCCUCAUCCGCUGGCACAAAUUUAAACGGCAUCAGCAAAACCCCUGGCAGUAGCACCGCAACAGCUACCAGUGCGCCAUUCAACAUCGAAAAUAAUGGAAAGCAGCAGAUUCCGCUUCCUGGCGGGGCACAACCAGGAGCAUACUCAGGAGCUCCUGGUAUGGGCCCCCAAAGAACCACCAGACCUCGCUUUUCAUUGCUUGGGGUCGCUUCCGCCACAGUCGAACGAAUGGCCGACCUAAGUGACCGUGAUGGAAGCCUGGCGUCUGAGGACAGGGAAGAACCUGAGACGUCCGAAUCUGCCCGUGCCCAUAGUGAAAAUCGAUCCUUCAUUGAAGGACAAGUCGCUCGUUUGACUUCGAGAACAAACAGUCAGACUGUCGAGCACGCGAACCAUGGUGAUAAGUUUGACGUGCCCGAAAUAAAUAAUGCUGCCAACAGUGACAAUAAUGGCUUGGCUGUGGCAGCGCUGGUGGAAGAGGAUGAGACGCCCCAAGAUUUGCCACUAGCUGCACCGUUUGAUGUGGAUGAAUCACAAAAGAGAAAGGAACAAGCCAAGAAACGAUUCCAAACCAAGAUUUACAUCAUCGUUGGCUUGCUUGUGGUGAUUGGAUUGGUUGUGGUGGGAGUCUGUGGCAGUGGCAACUGCAGCAGUAAGGGCUCCUCUUCAGAAGAACAGGAACUCAGUCCCAGAGAAAUGGAAGGCAUGGAAAUCAAAGCCCAGCUGGAAAAGGUGUUAGGAAGCACUUAUUUUGAUGGUUCCACAGUCAGCACGGAACCCCAUCAAAAAGCACUCAACUGGAUCAUCCAUCAAGAUCCCCGCCAACUGCCUCCGGAUUCCAUCCAUCUACUCCAACGAUUUAUUUUGACACAGUUUUACUACAGUACGUCACAAGCCAGCCCUUGGAAAUUCUGUGGCGCUGCCACUGGUGCACAAACAGCUGAAUGCUACUUUCAAUUUCUGGAUCAAGAAUUCAUUAACGAACGAUGGUUGUCCGGGGUUUCCGAAUGCCGGUGGGCUGGAUGCACUUGUGAAGGCGAAACAGAAAACAUUACUUCAAUUGAUAUAUGGCACAAUGACUUCACAGGGUCACUUCCAAGUGAGCUUGGAUUAUUGUCACAUGCAACCGCUUUGUCUCUUCGAUCACAAAACUUUACUGGCACUAUACCCACAGAAAUAUACCAAUUGACAGCUCUUUCCAAUUUGGGGCUUUCCGGGAACAAUUUUACAGGAACCGUCAAUCCUGCUGUCUUCUCCAUGCCAUUAUUGAGUACCCUCCAUUUUAGGUUUAACCACAUGACAGGCACCAUCCCAACUGAAAUUGGGCUCUUUCCAGGAAAGCUGCUCUUCUUUGCCAAAAAUUCUUUUACAGGAACGAUUCCUUCAGCAUUAUUUUCCACCAAAAAUACCACGGAUAUGCAUUUUGAACAUAAUGAGCUCUCUGGAACAAUUCCCACAGAAGUUGGGAUAUUAUCCCAGCAAGUCAGAGAAGACAAUGGUGGUCCUGGAUUGAAUUUCGCCGGCAAUAAUGCAUUGUCUGGUACAAUUCCAUCAGAGUUUGGGCUGGUGAACCAUCUAAAAAAUUUAUAUUUCACAGACACGAGCAUUGAAGGCACCAUUCCUGAAGAGCUAAUCUUGAAUUGCCUCAAUUUGAAUUUCCUCAUUGGUGAAAAUUGCAACUUGGGGGGUACAUUGAGCACCAACUUUGGAUUGCUCACAAACCUCAAAUACUUACGGUUGGCCAACAACAACUUUUCAGGUAGCAUACCCGUGGAGUUUGAAGCCCUGACAGGAUUGAAAGAGUUUACAAUCAAUGGAAAUCCUGAACUCAGAGGGAUUAUUCCUGAUGACAUGUGCUUUGAGAAUGUUUGGAAUGCUCAAGGACUUGAGUUUGUAGCCGACUGUGCGCAGACCGCAAUCACGGGAAGUGAUGGUACUACCAGCAUGGGAGAACCAUUUGUGUCUUGUCCUGAAGGAUGUUGCAGUACAUGCUGUGAUGGGGGCACUGGAAUCUGCAUGGAGCAGUAG